AUGGAGGCAUUCCCUCCAGGCUGCUUCCAAAAGGGCCAGCCCUGUGCUCUGAACUUGUGUGAUUCGCUACCACUCGGAGGCUCUGCUGAUGCACCUGAGCCACUCACGCUUGGUCGCUUUCACAUGACGCCGGGAGUGGUUCCGACGCCCAGCGACCAGCCACUCACCUUAGGAGGCACGCCCUUGGGGUUUUCUCUAGAUGAUAUCACGGACUUGCUCCAGUCCUCUGCUUGCCUGCUCUCCUUUGUUGAGGCUACCCUUCUGUGCCCAGCCAUGUCUGAAUGGUCAGCAUCGACGUGCAGAGCCAAGCUCCGAGAUCUGGCCAGCACCCAUGUCCCUGGUACGCUUCUCUGCUUUACCGAUGGGUCCUUUACUGAGGGCCGGUCACAUUGCGCCUCUACAUGCGGCUGGGCAUGUGUGUUUGUUGACCCACAUGCCUCCCAAAUCAGUGUAGCUUUUGGCGCUGUCGAGGCCAGGUUGUGUGCUGAGCCUUACACCCCCUCGCCGUUUGUGGGAGAGUGUGCUGCCCUGUUGCACGCGUGCCUCAUAGCUUGCAGUGUUUUCUGUCACAGACCAGUCAGCUUUCUGUCAGAUUGCACGUCUGCGGUGGAUAUUGCACGUGGUGCCGCGGCCUACGAGCCCGGGGGAAUUGGCCAGGCCAUGCGCAAUACUUUUGAUUUCCGCCGUACGAUUUUCGUACAGCCUGAUACAGUGGAGCACAUCCCAGGCCAUGCCGGCCACUUCGGCAAUGAGUUAGCAGACCGCUUGUCUAAGCAUGGCGCGUUGUCCCUUAAGCCUUCUUGCGGCCUUGCCCUCUCGGAUAGCCUCCUCCGCCUCUGGCUCGUUGAGGGUGCCCGUUUGCUACCUUGGGCUGCUACGGCCAUUCGCAGCAAUCUAGGCGAUCCAGCGCUACCCCGCCUCAACUCGGAGUGGUUGGGGCAGGACACUAACCAUUUUGGCCUCAGCACGCGGCAACUCUUUGAGCCAUUCCUUCCCAUCGGAGCAUGCUCAGUCCGGCUCCAAGGAGGGCCCACACCCUCUGUCGCAGAAGCUUCCACCAUGCAAGCUGCGGCUCCUGUUACGUGCACUCAGCUCACCUUGGCCACCUUCAACGUUCUUUCUCUCAAUGACGGUUUUGGUGGACCUGCCUCAGGUCAAGUUGUCGGCGAAGGAUUGGCCAUGCAACCCGGCCGGGCCCAGAUGCUGGCUGCCCAACUGGAUGAUCAUCACAUCCAUGCAGCAUGCCUUCAAGAAACCCGCUGCGACUCGGGUACUUACCACUGCGGUCGUUAUCUCAGGUUCUGCUCAGGUGGCCUUCGCGGCCAAUGGGGUGUAGAAUGGUGGUUUAAGGAUGGGUUCGCUUUUCGCACAUCUGGGGCGGCUCAGGAUCCCGCCAACCAUGUUUUCCGCGAGCCCCUUUUUACCGUUGUUGCCUCGGAUCCCCGCCGCCUUCUGGUGCGCUUCGCAGAUAAGGCUGUCAGGACCCUUUUUGUGGGUCUUCAUGCCCCCCACCGUGCGACGGAGGCUUCUGUACUCGAACAGUGGUGGUCGGAAACUCACGCGCUUAUUCGAAAUCAUGCCAUGCGGGACAGCAUUGUCCUAGCUGGCGACUUCAAUGCCUCGGUAGGCAGCCACCCAUCGGACCAAGUUGGGGGACACGCGGCAGAGUCCGAAGAUGCAGCUGGCGAGGCUUUGCACUCCGUGUUACAGGAAUUCGAUCUCUUAAUUCCUGCAACCUGGGAGGAUUUCCAUACCGGCGCAUCACACACCUACGUCCAGAAGCGGAAUGGCCAGUUGUGCAGACCGGACAUGGUCUGCAUUCCGUCAGCUUGGUGUAAGGAAUACUGUCGAUCCUACCUGGCACCACAGCUCCACACUGCUCACUGUAGCCCCGACCACACUGCAGCCGUGGUUGAAGUCCAGUUCCAUUGUCGUGCCGGACAAGCCGGGCCAGCCUUGCGCCAACGGCGGUUCCCAGUUAGUCAUUUCACGGAUCCAGCCAACCGGGCUACAAUCGAGGCAGCCCUCAAGCGUUUCCAGCCCCUUCCCUGGGAUUGUUCAGUGCACGCCCAUGCCGCACACUUAGUUGGCUAUGUGCAGCAAACCCUGGGAUCGAUUAAAUCUAAACGAGCUGUAGGACCUCACCAGUCCUAUCUUUCACAGGACACUUGGCAGCUCCAGCGUGCUGUUGCUGCUACCCGCAGGUCCCUUCACCGUCUCCAGCGGCAGGUUUACAUGCAGCUCACUGCAAUGCGCUUUCGUGUGUGGCGGGGAAUUGACAUGUUCUCUUCCCUCGUCGGCGGCACAGUCUGGUGGCGCAGGGCCGACCUCGCCCUGGCCGCCCAUCUCAGUGUCCUGCGCCACCAAGGACAGCAGCUCAAGACCGCUUGCAAGCGUGACCGCAACAAUCACUUGAGCCUUCUUGCGGACCAGAUCUCCUCCAGUCCCUCUUCUGAGGUAUUUGGUAACCUUCAUAGGCUCCUUUCCCAUAAGCGCAAGAAGCCUUAUCGGGCCGACCCCCUCCCCUCCAUUCGUGACGCUGCAGGCAAUGUCUGCCCGGAUUCGGACUCCAGCCUCCGGCGAUGGCGCCAGCAUUUUGGGGGCCUGGAGGGGGGUAAGGAGAUAGAGCUGGGCCAAUUCAUUGCAGACUCCCACAGCCGCAUUUGUCAGCGAGCCAUGUCAGGAGGGUCGUGGCCGGCCCCUUCGGAUGUGCGUCUCCUGCCAACUUGCGCUGACAUCCAUCGCUUGCUUGUUAAAGCAAAGCCUGCCAAGUGUCCGGGGAUGGACGGGAUACCUAACGAAUUCGGCCGAGUCUUCGCCGAGUUUCUCUCCCCGCACUUGCACCAUCUUGCUUUGAAGACUUCUUGGCGUGGAGCCGAAGCGAUCGGAUGUAAAGCGGGUCAAGCCAUCUGGCUCUACAAAGGCAAAGGUAGCUUUCAGGAAUGCACUUCAUACCGCUCCAUCCUUCUCCUCCCGGUCUGGUCCAAGAUCGUACACCAGGCGCUGCGACCACCGAUGAAGAGGUUCUUUGAGCAGCAUGCCCCUAGCCUACAGCUAGGAGGCAAAUCGAAGUGCACCGUUAUGUUUGGUAGCCAGCUUAUUCGCGCCUUGGGGCGUGUGGCUACAGCCACCGGGACGACCCACUUCACCCUGUUCGCUGACAUUGCCUCUGCCUUUUACUGCGUUAUCCAACGCCUUGUAGCCAACACCGCCGCCACAGCUGACGGGUUUGACCCCGAUGGGUUUCUCGACAGCCUUCAGCUGUCUUCCGAUGAAAGGGAGGCGGUAGCUCAGCACUUGGCGGAACCUACUGCCCUCGCCAGGGGUGGCGCCCCACCCUGGCUGGAAGCUCUCACAUGUAGUUUGCAGGAAGGCAACUUCUUCUGUCUGAAGGGGGACACUACGGUGAUUGCUACCGCUAAGGGCUCGCGUCCCGGCUCGUCCUGGGCCGACCUUAUAUUUGCUGCCCUCAUCAAGCGCAUCCUUCUUAGGCGUGAUCAGCUUCGUGAGGCAUGCCACCACGUCUCUCAGCCCCCAUCCUUUCCGUGGGACGGCCGUCGUUCUUUCCAACCGUGUGAUACGGAUUCCGACCACAUCCAAAUUUCGGAAGUGGUGUGGGCGGAUGACAUAGCCAUCCCGAGGCUCACUACGCCCCACCUCGCGGCCUGUGCCAUGGGAGUUGAGGCAAGCUGCUUGUCCGAAGCCCUUCAUGAGUUCGGCUUUACUCUGUCGUUUGCACCUAGCAAGACUGCAGCGGUCCUGACCCUUUCCGGCCCUGGCAGCCGUCGGGCCAAGCAAGCUGUUUUUGGUCCUUCAGGCCUCCGUGGCCAUGUUCCGGUUGUGGUUGAAUCAGGACCCGGCGUUCUCCUGCCGGUAGUCGCAUCUUACAGACACCUUGGCUGCCAGCAGACCCCCGGUGGAGGUCUCCGAGCUGAAGUUGCAUAUCGCAUCACGCAAGCGCGUGCUGCUUUCGCCGAAGGCCGUCACAAAGUGUACAGGAAUCCGGCCAUCAGUCUAGGCCGUAAGGCGUUCAUUCUGCGUUCUGCCGUCCUUCCCAAACUCUACUUCGGUGCAGGCUCCUGGGGACCGCUCAACAUUGGUGAACGUCGGUCUAUCUCCGGGGCCCUCUGGAGUUUCUACCGUAGCUUGCUUGGUAUUGGCAAGAUGGAUGACCAGCAUAUGGACGCUCAUACGUGCUUUGCGCUUCUGCGGCUCCCUAGUCCCAGUACGGCCCUUCGCUUUCAACGCCUCCUGUAUGUCUCGCAGCUCCUUGCUGCAGCACCACCUGAACUGUGGGCUUGCCUUCGAGCCGACCGAGAUCAUGCGGAGCUGUUGCUUGCAGACCUACAGUGGCUGCACUCCUACACUUGGCGCACAACCGGGUCUGCAUCACGUGCAGACGUGCCUUCUCAAGCCGCCUUGCCUGGGCGGGGCAUUGUGCUCGUAAGCAUGGGUACCGAUCUCACGCCCACCUGUGCGCUACUGGUACCACCUGCUGUGCGUGCGGACGUGGCAUCGGGAUCUUUUCAUCACGAGUUUGAGCCCAGCAUCCGUUUGGAUGUUGCUGCCGGGCUCCUCUCUGCCCUGGAUGCUGUUCCUCCGGAUGACGAGGAGACGGUUUGGGCAACCGUCACCUCUUUUGUGGAACCUCUGGAGACUCUCAGAGCCACAGUUUCGGCUUGGAAAGAUGCAGCACCGUGCUGCCCGGCCAAAUCUUCCACGGCUGAUAACGUGUUGCUUUUGCUUGAUGUGGAUCUCCUUGCUGACACGUACCAGACGUGCAAACCCGCUCGUGCCUUCCCCCAGGAUGACGUCCCUGCCUGGACUCGGCCUGGACGUGCGGCAUUCGCCCUCAGUGGAGUGCCUUCCAUCUUCCGGGUCGAACCGCCGCCUCCUCAUGUCCUCCAACAUGAUGUGCCCACCAGUUUGUGCUUGAAGGAUGCGGCAGCCUACAGCACAUGGUUGGAGGCGACCUGCGGAGUUAUUGCACAAUGUGUCACCGCUGCUGUCAGCAAACCGUGUCUUUUUGUCUGCCCAGGAGUCUGUAAGGCCCUCGGUCCGGCUCGGGAAUGGCUCCGUGCGACGGGCUUUGAGGAAACAGACUCCGGCUUUCGCACCCCGUGCGAUUGA